AUGGAUUGCGAAACCACAGACAGUUACGCCUUCAAAAAAGCGGUCGCAGAAUGCCGAGAGAUCAGUGAAAAGACAUCCUACUUAGAAAUCUUUUCUUAUUCGGAUUCUAGCCUCAACUCAAUUGAACAACAUCCUCUCCCUAUGAGUGAAUUUGACAAUCUCCUGCAUAGAAAGGGCCCAUUUGAGCCGGCCAGGCUGCCAGACGGCGUACAGCUCGAUGCUGGGCUGCGAUUAAUACUCCAAGUAGAUGCCCAACACAAUGACACGUUUGCACCUCGGUGCAUCAGCUUGCCACGUGAAAAUUACUCUGCAAUGGUGCAGGCUCUGCACCUCCCUCAGAUGGCCAUUGAAACAUCGAGCGUUGUCGGCCCAUUCUUCUGGAGCACUGUAGACCGUGAUGAUAAUGGCAGCACCCGAUUGCAUAUGAUAUUUCGCAAGAGUGAUGUUUUUAAAAAGGGCAGGACAAGGGGCUGGGAGCUUAUCUUGAGCCAUGAGCUCAGCACAGGCAUCACGACCGGCUUUUACAAGGGGACUCCUUCAUCUAGCAUGUCGGAAUCCAUUCAGCAGCUCAAGGCUUGUUCCUCAGAAAUAGGACAUGCAAUGCUCCUCCCAUUAAUUAUUUUCAGUCGCGAAUCUUCGUCGGCCUCGGAUAUAAGGCAGCGCGACGUGCGACACUGGCUGCAAAGACUUGAGCGAGCUAUCUCCAUGCGCGAAGAAGAUGGCGACGAAGCUUACAAUUAUGCCAAAGACCUUAACGCUGUUAACAGAGACCUACUGGAGUGCCAGGCGCAGGUACUGUGGAAGCGUCCAGCCUCUUACGUUACCAUCAUUGACUCCCUGGAGGAAACUGGUGGGCUUUUCAUUCAAACCCUCCCGGAGUCGAGGAAGACCCCAGUGGUAGAAAAAUUCCAGAUGCGAAUGAUUGCGAGGCUGGAUCUCUAUAGGAAGAGGUGGGCGGGGAUACAAACGUACGCCGACACGUCCAUGCAGAGACUUGAGAUACAGCGAAGCGCCCUAUACACCAUUAUGUCUCAAAAGGAAAGUAGACUGAAUCUUGAGAUUGCUUCCGAUUCGAAGAAACUGGCCCACGCUAGCGAACGCGACGCCAAAUCCAUGAAAGGAAUAUCACUCCUUGGUACCAUUUUCCUCCCUGGGACAUUUUUAGCAUCAAUCUUUUCAACAACGUUUUUUGACUUUGGGAAUGGCACAGAUACAGCUGCUGUAGUUUCUCACAAAUUUUGGGUAUACUGGGCUUUUACCAUUCCCUUUACUUUGGUCGUUGUUGGCCUGUACCUCCUCUGGGAGAGAAGACGGCAAAGGUCAUAUAUGCUUGAGGACGCACAAUUAGAGCAAGAUAUUGAGGCAAUGGAGCAGCACAUCUUGGAUUCAUUAAGGAAGCGGACAAUGUCAAAAACUAACACCUGGGUUGCAAGGAAUGAAAGAAAGGCUGAGCUUGCAGCCGAUGUGGACAAUGACUAUGGAGGCUUCAAAGAGCCUGCAGUUACUACUGCUACAUCUUCAAAUACAUUGGCAGUCCCUAGUAUAAAUAUUAGUCAACAAUAUUAA